AUGAAAAAUUUGAGAAACUAUUCUUCAGAGUCCUCGUAGGACGAACAAAAUUGCUAGUCUCCAGCAUUAAAGCAUAGAAUGCAUAAUCUCAAUCUCAGCUCUAAUUCUUUGACGCUCCUCAACCAAAAUACUUUUAGAAGCUAGCCUCUAAACCCACUUUUGAAAGAAAUAGAUGAGGAUAAAAUGAGAUUGUCAGAUCAAAUAAAUAAUUCAGAGAACAGAUACAAUGAAAAACUCAUAAAAUAAAAUCAUAUCCUACAAAAUCAGAAUUAAUACUAGAAUCCUGAAUUUCUUGCAUAGAAAGGAAUAUAGCAACCCAAACCUCUAAAGUUUAUCCCAACCUUAGCUUUAAUGAAUUAGAAUAUGUACCAGAUUGCAGCAAUAAGACAAAUGAUGAUCAAUAAUUAAUAAUAGAAGGAUGCCUAGCUCUUCCGAGAUAGGAGACUUAGUUCUGACAACUUAAUAACUUAAAGCACAUAAUCAAACAGUUAAAUCUCUCCAAAUAUCAGUACAAAGAUUACGAUAAACCAGAGAAUAGGGCAUGCUAUUGACUCAUCCUCAGGUUCUUAUGGGUCAGUUGCUUAAAUUGAUACUGAAAUGAGCUAUAAUAACAGUCAAGGAGGGUCUAAUGGUUUGGAAAGAGGUUAGAAUUCUAGAGAUGAAAGUAUUUCAAGUUCUGGGUACUCCUUAGAGGGAGAAUGUUCUCUAACACGUGACCAGAGACAUCAAAAGAUCAGGUCUUACUGGGAAAAGAAGAAGAGAAGAAAGAGUCAAAAGCACGUGAGAUAUGAGUGCAGGAAAAAUCUUGCCGAAAAAAGAUUCAGAUUCCAGGGACGAUUUGUAAAAUUUGAGCAAAUCUCUGAAUUAGACCCAGAUAUGGUUUAUAACCCUAACCAAAAAGCCGAGCCUAAAACUAAGCCAAUAUUCAAAGUCACUAAAAAUGCACAGCCCCCACGAGAUAGAAGCAGAAAAAGCUCUAUGUCAGGUGGAAGUAUUGGAGAAUAAACUUAUCUAGCUGAUUUGGAGCGUUAGGCAGACUAACUCAACCUAUUCUCUAGUGGUUAAGAUUUCAAUAUGUGUGGUGCUUAUGACUAAGAAACAUUUGGUAGUCAUUCGAGUACUUUAGGUAUUCCAGGCUUCAAUAUUGGUCAAAGUAUGAUACCCAUCAGGCUCAUGUAAAAAGUCAAUUAGCCGAACGGGGGAAUCUUUAUGGGUUCUAAAGGUGGACUUACCACUUAAAAUUACUCUUUCUCUCAUUCAAAUUAGACUAAGUAAUAAAAACAUUCUUAUUCAAAAUAAGAAAGCUUUGAAAUGAAAGUUGACUAGACUAGUAGUGACUAAUAAGUUCAAUUAGAGUAAUAGUUAUAAAUGGAGGAGAAGAACUUCUAUGAAGACUAUUACGAAAGAUUAGUGUGA